UCUGCCGCUACAGGAGGACCAGAAAUCUGCAGCUCACAGAAUGAAGAGAUCAAAAUGAUGCUGCCUCCAAAAAGGGAUUAAACGUAAGCAAUCUGUCGUCAGUUUGGGCUAAAUCCGCCGCUCAUCUCCGCUUUAUUCUCCCCGUGCAAAUAUCUGAAUGAUUACUGCAGAUAUCCAGGGGGUUUGGGUUUGCAUCGUGUCUGCAUGCGAGCUAUUGACAGAUGCAUCGGGGCUCACUUUCUCUGACAAUUGCAGCGGAUGCAGGCAGGCCUUUGAUGCGAUCUGUUGUUUGUGUUUAGUCCGGGCUGGGCGCCACCUCGCUGGGAUCCGCCGCCGGGUGGAGGAACAACAGAUUUUGGGAGGGGAGUGGAAGGGAGACAUGAGGUCGCUGAGCAUCCGUCGCGACGCCUGACCGAACAUGAUGAAGACCGAAUCCACAUCCAAGAGCACCAGCUCCACGCUCAGGAGCCCGUCCCCGCACAGGAACGCGUACGAGGCGGGGAUGCAGGCCCUGAAGCCGGUCAAAGACGGCGCCGCCAAUGGGGACGUGCAGGAGGGCCCCCGGGGCCGCAGGUACGGCUCCAACGUGCACCGCAUUAAAAACAUGUUCCAGCAGAUGCAGACCACGACCGGGGGCGACGUGGAGGCGGAGGACGGCGCCAGGACGGUGCGGCUGUCCCUGCCCAGAGCCGGCAGCUUGAAUGAAAACGUGGACCACAGCGCGCUGCUGAAGCUCGGCUCCACCGUGUCCGAGCGCGUCAAYAAGUUCGACCCCAAGGCAGAGAACGGGCACCAGCGGGCCUCGUCGCCCAGCUACUCCAAGCUGCAGGAGACCCGCCGCAUCUUCGAGCAGCAGCAGCAGGAGAAGCAGGAGAGGCUGGAGAAGCUGAGCACCACCCGGGUGCUGCUGAAGACCGACAAGACCCCGGCCUUCCAGGAUGGCAGGCUGGACAUGGUGUCUCGCUUUAACGGCAGCACAGAGUCCCUGGACAGCCUGGACACCAGCGAGGCGGUGUCCCCCACGGUGAGCCAGCUCAGUGCUGUGUUUGAGAGGGCGGCUGAGCUGCGGAACAACCUUCACCGGCUCUCCUCCACACCGCCACUCCCUUCCCGGGGGGUCAGCACCAAGGUGGGGGUGUUGAACUCAAAGAUAAUCACYAAGAGGGUCAGUGCCUUUGCMUCAGGCCACCAGGAGGAAGAGAUAAGCAAUCAGAAGGGCAGAGAGGGGCCGCCCAGGGGCCUUAGGGGAAGGGUCACACCUCCAUCCGAAAGCAUCAAUGGAGACAAGAGUGGCAGCAAAUGUCCCACCGCCGAAUAUUCAAGCAAUGUAGGAGAGUCCACUGAGCAAAGAGAAAAGACUGUUGUGGAUGUUGGUGUGGAGGCCAAAGAGAUUGUCCAACAUGAAAAUCUGCCUGGGGCCAAGGGGUCCAACAGCACAGGUGACCUCCACGGGUCUGUGGAGAACGGAGAAGAUGCUGCAGAGGCCAGAAGUUCUCCAAAGACCGACGAGAUGCUGGCGCAGGGGCAGGAGAAGGAAGACCAGGACGACAGGACUCAGAGGGACGACAAGUCGGAACGUGACCUCACAAACAUCAGCACCUGCAGCACCAUGGGGGACGAUUACGGGGAAAGCCAGAAGGACGAGGAGGAAGAGGAGGCGGAGGAGGAGGAGGGCGACGAGCGCUACGAGCCUGAGUCCAGCUGYGUGGAGAUUCCUGGCCUUCCYGUUGAGGAGGACCCGCCCCCGUCCAGGAAGAUCCGCUUCUGCACAGAACCCAUCAAGGUUUUUGCCACCUAUCCAAACGAGGACUACGACAGGCGCAAUGAAGACGUGGAUCCCAUGGCGGCGUCGGCGGAGUACGAGCUGGAGAAGCGGGUGGAGAGGCUGGACCUAUUUCCUGUGGAACUGGAGAAAGAUGGAGACGGCCUGGGCAUCAGUAUCAUCGGGAUGGGCGCAGGGGCUGACAUGGGCCUGGAGAAACUGGGCAUCUUUGUGAAGACGGUGACAGAAGGAGGAGCAGCACACAGGGACGGCAGGAUCCAGGUGAACGACCUGAUCGUGGAGGUGGACGGGACCAGCUUGGUGGGAGUCACCCAAAGCUUUGCCGCCUCCGUACUCAGGAACACCUCAGGAACUGUCAAGUUUGUGAUUGGGCGGGAGAAGCCGGGCGAGCAGAGCGAAGUGGCCCAGCUCAUCCAGCAGACCCUGGAGCAGGAGCGCUGGCAGAGGGAAAUGAUGGAGCAACGCUACAACCAAUACAUGGACGAACAAGAGGGUGGCGAAUAUGGCACAGAUGAGGAAGAGGAYGAGGAGGACGAGGCCAGCCCGCCGUAUCCCAGCGCCAUCGAGGUGUUCGACCUGGCGGAGAACGAGGACAUGUCGCCUCUGGAGACGGACCCCGAGAAGCUCACCCAUAAAUAUAAAGAGCUCCAGAUAAAGCAUGCUGUGACUCAGGCGGAGAUCCAGCAGCUGAAGAGAAAGCUGCACCACGCCGAGCAGGAGAAGCAGCGCUGGCGAAUGGACAAGGCUCAGCUGGAGCAGACCCUGCAGGAGAACAAAGAGCGCAUGGAGAAGCUGGAGGGCUACUGGAUGGAGGCGCAGAGCCUGUGUCAGGCGGUGGAUGAGCACCUGAAGGAGACGCAGGCCCAGUAUCAGGCCCUGGAGCGCAAAUACAGCAAAGCCAAGCGGCUGAUCAAGGAGUAUCAACAGAAGUGAGACAGUGUGAACGCAUGCACACACUUAAGUAGCAUAAACACUCACUUAAAAGAAAAAAAAAUUAGGGAAAAAAAAAAAUCUACCCUUUUUACUUUUGAGUCCUUUUGUCAUCUUAAAUUGGCAUUCUUGGACUGGAUUUGGUUUAUUAUCUCAAUUUUUGCAACAUGAUUCAUCAGACACCAUGUGACUCAAAUAUUGAAAUCUUAUGCAGAAGCCAAAAAGCAACAAAAUAGCUCUUUUUCAUAUUUUCUGAAUUGAAA